CCCUCCCCCGGGCGGGCUCGGCGCUGACUCCGCCGCACGCUGCAGCCGCGGCUGGAAGAUGGCGGGGAACGACUGCGGCGCGCUGCUGGAUGAAGAGCUCUCGUCCUUCUUCCUCAACUAUCUCUCUGACACGCAGGGUGGGGACUCUGGAGAGGAACAGCUGUGUGCUGACUUGCCAGAGCUUGACCUCUCCCAGCUGGACGCCGGUGACUUUGACUCAGCCACGUGCUUUGGGGAGCUGCAGUGGUGCCCGGAGACCUCAGAGACAGAGCCCAGCCAGUACAGCCCCGAUGACUCCGAGCUCUUCCAGAUUGAUAGUGAGAAUGAAGCCCUCUUGGCUGCGCUUACGAAGACCCUGGAUGACAUCCCCGAAGACGACGUGGGGCUGGCUGCCUUCCCAGAACUGGAUGAAGGCAACACACCAUCCCGCACCCCAGCUUCACCUGCUCCCUUAUCUGCACCCCCCAGCCCCACCCUGGAGAGGCUUCUGUCCCCAGCGUCUGACGUGGACGAGCUUUCACUGCUACAGAAGCUCCUCCUGGCCACGUCCUCCCCAACAGCAAGCUCUGACGCCCUGAAGGACGGGGCCACCUGGUCCCAGACCAGCCUCAGUUCCCGAAGUCAGCGGCCUUGUGUCAAGGUGGAUGGCACCCAGGACAAGAAGACCCCCACACUGCGGGCUCAGAGCCGGCCUUGUACAGAACUGCAUAAGCACCUCACUUCGGUGCUGCCCUGUCCCAGAGUGAAAGCCCACUCCCCAGCUCCGCACCUGAGCCCUCAGCUCCUCUCCAAGGAGGAGGAGGAGGAGGAGGAGGAGGAGGAGGUGGGAGAGGAUUGCCCAAGCCCCUGGCUGACUCCAGCCUCUCCCCAAGACUCCCUAGCACAGGACACAGCCAGCCCCAACAGUGCCCAGGCUCCUGAGGAGGAUGUGAGGGCCAUGGUACAGCUCAUUCGCUACAUGCAUACCUACUGUCUGCCUCAGAGGAAGCUGCCCCAACACGCCCCAGAGCCAAUCCCCCAGUCCUGCAGCAGCCUCUCCAGGCAGGUUCAACCCCGAUCCCGGCAUCCCCCCAAAGCCUUCUGGACUGAGUUCUCCAUCCUAAGGGAACUCCUGGCCCAAGAUAUCCUCUGUGAUGUUAGCAAGCCCUACCGCCUGGCCAUACCUGUCUAUGCUUCCCUCACACCUCAGUCCAGACCCAGGCCCCCCAAGGACAGUCAGGCCUCCCCUGCCCACUCUGCCAUGGCAGAAGAGGUAAGGAUCACUGCUUCCUCCAAGAGCACCGGGCCAAGACCCAGCCUGCGUCCUCUGAGGCUGGAGGUGAAACGGGAUGUUAACAAGCCUACAAGGCAAAAGCGGGAGGAAGAUGAAGAGGAGGAGGAGGAAGAAGAAGAGGAAGAAGAAAAAGAAGAGGAAGAAGAGGAGUGGGGCAGGAAGAGACCAGGUCGUGGCCUGCCGUGGACCAAACUAGGGAGGAAGAUGGACAGCUCUGUGUGCCCCGUGAGGCGCUCCAGGAGACUGAAUCCAGAGCUGGGACCCUGGCUGACAUUCACCGAUGAGCCCCUAGGUGCUCUGCCCUCGAUGUGCCUGGAUCCAGAGACCCACGACCUGGAGGAAGACCUGAGCAGCCUCACAGACAAUAGUCAAGGCCGGCAGCUCCCCCAGGGAUCCCAGAUCCCCGCCCUGGAAAGCCCCUGUGAGAGUGGGUGCGGGGACACAGAUGAAGAUCCAAGCUGCCCACAGCCCCCUACCAGAGACUCCCCCAGGUGCCUCAUGCUGGCCUUGUCACAAAGCAACCCUCUUGGCAAGAAGAGCUUUGAGGAGUCCCUGACGGUAGAGCUUUGCGGCACAGCAGGACUCACGCCACCCACCACACCUCCAUACAAGCCCAUGGAGGAGGACCCCUUCAAGCCAGACACCAAGCCCAGCCCGGGCCAAGACACAGCUCCCAGCCUCCCCUCCCCUGAGGAUCUUCCACUCAUAGCUACCCCAGGGUCAUCCCACAAGCUGCCCAAGAGGCACCCAGAGCGAAGCGAGCUCCUGUCCCAUUUGCAGCAUACCACAACCCAGCAUACCACAACCCAGCCAGUCUCGCAGACUGGCCAGAAGCGCCCCUUCUCCUGCUCCUUUGGAGACCAUGACUACUGCCAGGUGCUCAGGCCAGAGGCUGCCCUGCAGAGGAAGGUGCUGAGGUCCUGGGAGCCAAUCGGGGUCCACCUUGAAGACUUGGCCCAGCAGGGUGCCCCUCUGCCACCAGAAACAAAGGCCCCUAGGAGGGAGGCAGACCAGAACUGUGAUCCUACUCCCAAGGACAGCAUGCAGCUAAGAGACCAUGAGAUCCGUGCCAGCCUCACAAAGCACUUUGGGCUGCUGGAGACUGCUCUGGAGGAUGAAGACCUGGCGUCCUGUAAAAGCCCAGAGUAUGACACCGUAUUUGAGGACAGCAGCAGCAGCAGUGGCGAGAGCAGCCUCCUGCUUGAGGAGGAGGAAGAGGAGGGAGGGGAAGAGGACGAUGAAGGAGAGGACUCAGGGGUCAGCCCUCCCUGCUCUGACCACUGCCCCUACCAGAGCCCACCCAGUAAGGCCAGUCGGCAGCUCUGUUCCCGCAGCCGCUCCAGUUCCGGCUCCUCAUCCUGCAGCUCCUGGUCACCAGCCACCCGGAAGAACUUCAGACGUGAGAGCAGAGGGCCCUGUUCAGAUGGAACCCCAAGCGUCCGGCAUGCCAGGAAGCGGCGGGAAAAGGCCAUCGGCGAAGGCCGCGUGGUAUACAUUCGAAAUCUCUCCAGUGAUAUGAGCUCUCGGGAACUGAAGAAGCGCUUUGAGGUGUUCGGUGAGAUUGUAGAGUGCCAGGUGCUGACGAGAAGUAAAAGAGGACAGAAGCACGGUUUUAUCACCUUCCGGUGUUCGGAGCACGCUGCCCUAUCCGUGAGGAAUGGCGCCACCCUGAGAAAGCGCAAUGAACCCUCCUUCCACCUGAGUUAUGGAGGGCUCCGGCACUUCCGUUGGCCCAGAUACACUGACUAUGAUCCCACAUCUGAAGAGUCCCUUCCCUCAUCUGGGAAAAGCAAGUACGAAGCCAUGGAUUUUGACAGCUUACUGAAAGAGGCCCAGCAGAGCCUGCAUUGAUAUCAGCCUUAACCUUCGAGGAAUACCUCAAUACCUCAGACAAGGCCCUUCCAAUAUGUUUACGUUUUCAAAGAAAAGAGUAUAUGAGGAGGAGAGCGAGCCAAUGAGCGAGCGAGCGAGCGAGCGAGUGAGCGUGAGAGAUCACACAGGAGAGAGAAAGACUUGAAUCUGCUGUCGUUUCCUUUAAAAAAAAAAAAAAAACAAAAACAAAUCAAUGUUUACAUUGAACAAAGCUGCUUCCGUCCGUCCGUCUGUCCGUCCGUCCGUCCGUCCGUCGUGUCUGUGAGUUUCCAUGCUGUUGAUGUUCCACUGCCACGUUAGCGUCGUCCUCGCUUCCAGCGGAUCGUCCUGGGUGCACCUCCAAGUACUGUCAGUCGUCCUCUGCCCCUCCCACCCGACUGACUUCCUUCUGUUAGACUUGAGCUGUGUUCACAUAACAUCUUCUGUCUGUAGUGUGUGAUGAUGAAAUUGUUACUUGUGAAUAGAAUCAGGAGUUAGAAACUCAUUUUUAAUUGAAGAAGAAAAAAAAGUAUAUCCUUAAAAAAAAAAAAGAAAAAAAAACACAAAUGUAUUUAUGGCUCAGAUCUACUGUGCCUGGGAUUAUCGUAUUGCUUCCUUGAUUGUUUAACUAUGCACUGUCACAAGGUGUUUGCUACUGAGCUGUGCUGCUGCUUCCCUGGUCCAUGUAGUCCUGGAGGUACUGGGUGGCCACUAGGUCCCCAGGAAAGAGGGGCUUGCCAUCACAGGUGUGAAGAAGAGAGAGGUGUCUAGGUAUCUUCUACCAAGUCCUGGUGUCUUUUAUUUUGUGUGAGUUCCACUCAAGCUGUAAUAAGAAUCCCUUUCCCCUGUCUACCCACACUUGGAGGGUGCCUGUUUUUAGUGCUUAGACCCUUGAGUGCCUGUAAGGAAGGUGGGGUAAGCUGUGUUAGACCCAUUCCACAGGGAAAGAGGAUAUAGUGCCCUGAGAGGUGAAAUGUGAACUGUGCUGCCCAAGGUCUCAUGGCCAGGGAGUUGGCAGAGCUGUGAUCCACCCCAAGCCUCCUGACUGCUGGCCCCAGCCUGCUGCAGUAGUUAGCAUAAAGAUGCAAAAGUCAGAGGCUCGGGGAGUGGAAUUGGCUACAUUGAGCAAUAGGCUAGAAGCCUAAUAGCUCAUUUGAGAAUUGGGCCACCAGUUGACUCACCAGCAUUAAGGCAAAUUCAAGUUUCAGCACAGACUCAGGUGUCCCUGAGCUUCGAUCCUCAGUGUCCUGCGACUUAUCCUGCCCGCAGAUACCCCUCAAGGUUCUGAGACCCCUUCAAAUGGUGCACAGACUUCACCUAGGGGCUGUCCUUUGGGGGCAGGGAGGGCACCUUGCAGCCCAUCCAAUAUCCUACGGUGUCCCUGCCUACCCCUCCUCUGUAAAGUUAGAGGUGCGAGUGAGGGGUUGCACAGGUUGGGGGUGGACAAGGCACUUCCAAGGAGCAUUCACAGAGAGCUCCUCUCCACCCCAUUCUUGACUAUUGUCAAAGCCAUAGCCAGUGUGACAUUCUCUGGGUUCCCAGGGGCCCUUCGUGAGGGAGAGCCAGCUAGGCAGAAUACCAAUUCUAAUGCUUCAUAUAGUUCAGUUCCUCCUUGGUCUUGUGACAUUUUUCUUUCUUUCUCCCCCUCCCCACCCAUUCAUUGUUCUGCCAAAUAAGAAAGUUUGAAAGUAAAUGAUUCAUUAGACUACCCAAGCUAAAUUAAUCAGCUGCUAAUGACAGGCUUAUUCCUUUGAUAAUUGGUGGUUAGUUUUUUGUUUUGUUUUGUUUUGUUUUAAGAUUAUCAAAUACCUCAGUAGAGAAAGUGAACCAUGAUCUUGUGCUUGGUGUUGGGAAAAGUCUUCGCCUAUAGAUAAGGAGGCUGGCUCUAGCAGAAAUAGGGAAACAGGGUACCUGUGUGUGAGAUCCCUUGACCUCCCUAAACCCCAGGUUCCCUUUCUGUGAAAUGGACUGAGAAGCAAAUUAGACAGCAGAACUCUUAGCUGCUGCCCAGGCAGUACAUAGUCACUGUCACAACCCCCCCCCAUCCUUGGAAUGCAAACAUAAUUAAUUGAUCAUAACACUAAUUUUUCUGUGCCUGGUCGUGCUAUUAGAAUACACAGUGCUCUAGGCAGGCAUUAUUAAUUGGUCAGUGUUUAACUGAUUUGACAUCCGGUUCUAAUCUUUGGAAGACUAUCAUUGUAGAGCCAUAUGCUGGCUGGUUUUCAUGCUGGCCAUUCCUGUCAUAACCUGAUCCAUGAAAAAGAAAAACUGCCCCUGAAGCCAUUACUUGGUAGAGGACUCCCAAACUAUGACAAAAUGAAGUGGUAUAGAAAGGGAGGGGGCACAGUAGAAUAUGGAAACAUAAUUGGAGAAAGUGUGGCUUCUAAGGAUAGAUCCAAAGAGGAACUUUUCACAGUGCAGACCCAAUCAUUCUGAGUUCCUUUAUAGUUAUUCGUUGCCUAGCAUAAGGUAGGCACAUGGAAGAUGGGUAUGGAGUGGAAUGGUUCUUCAGUUGUAUCCACUAAAACCGGGGCUCUCAUCACAGGGGAAAGCCAAUGAUGACCGAAAUCAUCCAAAGGGAGAGGGACCAGACUUAAUCUGGAGAGCCAUAUGAAUUCUGACCCCACCAAGAACUUCUUUUGUGACUUUAUGAGUCCCUUCUUCCUGGGCCUCAAGUGUAGGAGUUGUCCGGGGAAACACGGGCUCUUAUCUUACCAUCUGCUUCCACAGCUACACCGAAGCCAGAUGAUGGGUCUGGAGUAAAAGAACAAAUUCUUAAUAAACACUAAGUCUUUCUCUUCCCCAGCCAGGGUUAACUGGAGCUGACCAGUCAGUUCACUCCCUGGCACUCAAAGAUGUUGUUCUUGAGCAGAACAGAGCCCCGAGCCCUACCAGAGCUCACUGGUGGGAGCUGAUGCCCACCAAGGCUCUCUAGUGUUCUCCACUUACCCUCUCAUAAAAAUGGACUACCAGCUCUGCAGAUGACCUCUCUCUCUCUCUCUCUCUCUCUCUCUCUCUCUCUCUCUCUCNUCUCUCUCUCUCUCUCUCUCUCUCUCUCUCUCUCUCUCUCUCUCUCUCUACCAAGGAGACUGCCAGGCCCCUUUGAGACCAGGAAUCCAUCUUGGUCUCUUUCCCAUCAAAUCAAGGAGUAACCCAGAGGGAGCAGCCGCCAUGGGCAACCUUCUCAUUGUAGCUGUCGUGAUGUGUCUCAAUGAUGUUUACGUGUGAUGGCCAUAGCUUCCUAUAGACUGUUGACAGCUGCCCAGGGAGGGCAGGCUCAGUGUCAUAUCUCUGCUGUGCUGGAAUUUUCUAGAAAUGUCUGAUCCAAUCACCAAGAGGAAUUCUUCCAUCUCCCUCCUCACUCACUACAAGGCUGAAAUCAGAGUCCCCCCCCCCCUCAGGGGACUCUGUUACAGAAGGAAAAUGCAUCAAAUAGGUAAAUAUAACUGAAUGGAAUACAGCCAAGGUCCCAUUCCCCAUCCCCUGACAUCGCUUGUGGCCCCAGCUAGAAAAAUGCUUUGAGUCAGAAGGUACCCAUCCUAUGCCUGUGUCUCUCUGUUAACCUUUUAGAAUCUGGUGAACAGCAAGGCUCCAGGGGUGGUGGAAGGACUGCUUUGAGCCAGCCACAAAGACUUAGUCCUCAAGUCCUAAUAUGGCGAGACAUACAGUAAGAGGGCCCUUGUGACCUCAAUCCCUGUAGGUCAGCAUUUGGGGGAAGAUGUGAUAUACCUGCCAUGGCUGCUGUACACGUGGUAAAUGGAGAGAGGAAAAUGCAGGCAGCCCAUUCAUUUUUGCAUGGCCAGCUCUCUCUCCAGGGUCUGUCCCAGCCUUUCGCUGACCCCGCUGCCACAGAGGCAAGGGCACCUCUCUGUGAACCGGAGUCACCCUUAGAGGGUGUGUUGAUGUGAUUCACUGAGGUCCAAAAUAUUUUUCUUAAUGUUUGAUCUUUGAGAGGCUGUGAUCAUCUUGAGAAAGCCAUAUUCCAGUGACAUGUGUGAUGGUGGAAAGGGAUUGGGUGUGUGAUAGUAAAUAGAAUGAACCUGUAGCCAAAGAAAAGGGAUUCCUUCACCUUUGUUGUUGGGGUAGAAGGAAACGAACUAUUCUUUAUGUGCAAUAUAUGUUGACACUGCCCUCCAGUUCCCUGAGGGUUUUGUACACAGAUGAGCUCCAGGACUGUUUGGAGUGUCUGGGAAUACAGGGUGAGGGCAGGGAGAGCCUGGGAAAGAAACUUCCAUGCACAGAGAUGGCCUUGGCCUAGAACAGAUGGGCGUGUGGGUGGGGUGCCCCCUGACACUAGCUGCGGAAGAACACCGGGACACCCGGAAAGCAGUUAGGAAGAUACAUUGCACUAAUCGAUGAAAGCACUUUGAGAAAUCUGACACUUCAGCCUUGAACCACACUCUCCACUGGUAAAUUCUGUGUAUCCUUCAUCUGGCUGAGGUGCUGUCCUGAAAGCUAGGUUGGAGGAUAGGGAAGGGGGCUGGCGUGAGAAAGAAAGCAGAGGUGUCUUUCAAGGUGAGGUGUCUUUCGAGGUCAGCCUGCAGAUGGUCAGUCCUUGCCUGGCUUCUUUCCUAGAAGCUAGAGAAACAAAAUGAUGGGUUUACAUCUCGGUACCCACUUUAAUAAAAAACAAAAAAACAAAAAACAAAAAACUAAAGAACAGCCUGGCCAAUUGCAAUGCUUUGUGGAGCAAUCUUCCCUUUAUGUUUCUUAUUUACAAUGUGACCUUAGGCCCCUGUUCAUUGAGCAAAUGAGGCUGUCCAAUGAUAACAUGAUAACGGAGCCAGGGGAGCCCAGAGUUCAGUUCGACUUACUGUCUGGCUAGACCGGGGUGUGUGUGUAUGGGGGAAGGGCACUCUCUUCAAGGCCACCAACCUCCAAUAGGAUGAGAUCCACACAGUCCUGGCUGAGGUGCCUUCUCUAAAGAGGCUGGCUCCCCAGGACAGAUCCAAGCCAUAGUCUAUUGUGGGAUGGUGAAGAAUUAACCCUCAUUGCCUCGUUGACAACCUCCAGUCUCCAGUUAGCCUUGUCAUCGUCCCCACCGAACAGCUUUUAAUCUGAAUGUUGUGACCACUUGGCCGUUUCUUGCUUGCUUGCGGAUAAUACUAGCAAUACACUUGUUUUCUCCAAAUCGCUCAACUUAAGACAGUUUUCACACAUUGCUUUCAAAUGAUUAUAAGACACGUGGGGGCCGCAGGAGGCAUGGAUCACACUGCAUAUGUUUAGGGCAGCUUUCAUUUUAUUUUAUUUUAUGUUUGAAUCUUUAAUGGUGUGGCAGCAGUGACCAAGCCUUUGGGAUUUGGAGAGACAGAUUUUUCACAAAGCCAUUUCAUCAGAAUGCCUUGACUAUUGGAAGGAGUAUGGAAUCCAUAUGCUCAAAUCAAGGGGCUUGCAACAUGUGGUUUCUAGGCGAUCAGUCUCUACAACAGCUCCUCUGAAAGGUAUUCAUGUGGCUACAACCCCUCGUGCCAUAUUUUUAUUUCAUCAAAGGAUUCUCCAAGGAAGCCUUAAUGAGCCUCCUUUCUUUCUCCCUUUGCUGGUCUUGGGUAGUGUCCUUGUGGAGGGGCUUGGUCAGCACUUUGCCUUAUCAAUGUGUGGUCGCCAACCUAGUGGCCAAAGACUGGUGUCCACCAGACACCAAGAGGGAAGGCAAAAUAAGUUCCUUUGGUCAGCCACCAUGCCGGCCAACAUUAACUUGGCAGUGAGAUACAGCAACACAAGCGUGUCGUCCUAUGUGUUCAGCACCAACUCAGAAAAUCGUCAGCUGCUUAGCAGCUUAUGCAGUUCAGGAAAUGCACUAGUUAUCCUGUGGAAGAGGGGAUGGGGUUGAACCCAGCACCCACAUGUCCCGAGGGGUUUACUGUAACUGCAAUACUGGCAGCCUAGCUGCCAACCUUGUUAAGUGAACCUCUUCUAGGUGGCCCACAUGGUACCUUGGGGACAAGUGAAGAAGUUAUGUAUGAGGAUUGGGGGGAAAGAGGGCCCUGGCCAUGACCUUUGAUAUUGUCCACCGAAUAGCCAAACAGGUUUGUUUAUUUGUUUGUUUGUUUGUUAAUUUUUUUGUAUUUUGUAUUUUCAAAUCUCGUCAAAUGUUUUUGUGUUAGGAAUAAUAAGUCAUAAACUAUUCCCACCUUGGUUUCUGAAGGGGUAUUCUGAUUCCAGUUGAAACAGGUUAGAAGUCUCAAGUGAGCAUGGUCUGAGGAGUCCAUGAGACAGGGCAAUGGAGCCAGUGGGGUUCCCAGUGGUUGCUGGGAAAGAUGACCAUCCGGAAGUCCAAUUCCGGUGCAAGUGACCCCAGAGGUUCGCACCUGCCUCCUUGUCUCCUACAUCCUUUAAGCACUGGCCUAAAGCAUGUGCUUUUGUUAGAAGCAGUUGCUGAGGUUGAAACCAAGAUUACCCAGCUCCCUAAACCCUAGGUUUCAAGAGAUGCUGUCUGUAGCUAGCCUUAAUGGACUGGGCAAGGUGGCUUCUUUGCUCCCUUCCAACAGUUCCAAAUCUUGGACUCGAAACCCUUUUCUCUUAGUGUGACCAUGCAGCCUAGAGAAUUUUGAGCAAUAGGGAAGCCAGGGCUUUCCUUGGCUCUACGACAGGGUCAAACUAGGGAAUGGCUAAACUUGAGAGGUUUGGUCAUACCCAGGAUACUACUGUAGGGGGCAUUAUGUAUUAUGGAGCUCAACAAGGUAACUGUAGCCUGGGGUGCGUGAAUGUAAGGCUGUAUUUGCGUGUGUGUGUGUGUGUGUGUGUGUGUGUGUGUGUGUGUGUGUUACAUUGAAGCAUUUCUUGAGAAAGGUGCAAGAAUUUCACCUAUACAGAGGGACACAUCUGCUUUAUUAUUUAUAAUAGAAGCUAAAUUUUAAUUUUUUAAAGGACACUGCUAAUGAUUGAAAAAUCGAGUUUUUAGUUUUGCUAUUUUUUUUAAUUGGUAGAAGAUUUUUAUAUAUUUUUUUUCCAUUUCGUUAGGUUGUGUCCUUAUUUAUAUAAAUACUAUAUCCGUGAGAGGCAAGGAAGAAGAACUUCUUUGCUCUUAAUUAUUGUGGUUGUCAUUGUCCCUAUUUUGUUUCCGGCGUGAUUUAUCUGUCUUACCUUCUAAAGGAGCAACCGUUUUUUCUGUAUUUGUACAUUGUCAGAUUCUAUAGUUUCGUAGAUAAUUUAACCAAAUUGCUCUAUGUAUUAUUAUUCUGUGAGUAUAAAGUUCUAUUUUAACGGUCUGUAAAUACUUCCGGAACUGGCUUCUUUUCUCAGCUCCCGCUGGGGAGCUAUUGUUUACAUCACAAAAAACUGUAGAAUCUCUAUGCUCAUGUACUGUAAAUAGUGACGUGAUCUGCUUAUAAAUAAACUGAACAAAUACACUAUGGAAAUUAAAAAAAUACC